UCCUCGGACCUCCGUCAAAGAUGCAUCCAACUCUGAAAAUAUGAGGGUGGUCCCGCGUGCAGUUGGCGUACCACGCAGAAUACACCAAAUAGCCGCAGUACAACUCCGGCCACACCCACAGCAGCUCCCAGUCGUCUACCAUGGUCCUGCGUCACUGGAAAAGAAAUUACAGGCACUGCACAACGUCGCUUGGAACAUCAUCAGCGCUGUCCAGACUGCUGAAAAUCCACCCGGUUCCGCGUCCGACGACGAAUUGUAUGUACUUUACCACGACCUCAUCCCCGCAGGCUCUCCCUCCCAAGAUGUGUGUACCUCGGAUUCGACGGAGACCCUUAGAGAAGAGGAUUUCGCGGCUCUGAAACGGAUAGAAGCCAGACUCACCCCAACUGCCACGAUUCCAGACGAUGCCGACAAUAGCCUCACGCGGAGGUUGGCUGUCCAACGUGAAAGCGUCACGACGUUUGCACCUCCCCUUAUCCAGUCAGAACAUGGACACCGGCGCGUUUUAGACCUUAUAGAAAGUGCGAUAGCUAAACUGCAGGGUCUCGUGGCCUCACUCGACACCGCACUCCCAAAUGUCGACCGCGAGGCUAUCCCCGCAUUCGCAACUAUAAUGUCUAAAACGGAAUGGUUGUCAGUCGUAAGAUGUUGCGUGUAUGAGAAUGACGUCGACGCUGCCGAGAGAACCCUUCUUCUCAUCCAGAAAGCGGGAUUAACCAUCCCGGAAGAGGCUGUGAAUCACGUACUCGGAGUAUAUGCCUCGAAAGGAGAUACGACCCAUCUGGAAUCACUGAUGCAUCGCAUCCUGUCAGGACCACCCACCGAAACACAACGAGACUUACACGUGAAAGCUUACCUCCGAGCCAGUCACCACACUCCUUCGGGGUUCCCAGAUCUGGGCGUCUCCACUCGUCCUGUCUUCCCGACUGCUGCACUCGAUGUGCUACACAACUACGAAGCAUCCGGUCACUUUGCCCCCAUCAAAUCCUACACCCGGGCCAUUUCUGCGCUCUUUAACGUCCAAACGCAUCCGUCGUCAGAUCCCCGACUAGGUCAAUCGGCGGCCCGUGCCCAUGCAUGGGAUUUAUUCGCUCACAUGCGAUAUGUAGCCCAUCCGACUCCCGAUGCAUAUCUAUAUGCGGUGAUGAUACGAGCGUGUGGCUCUGCAGGCGGUCGUGUUGAGCCGGAGCGAGCCCUAGAUUUGUGGACCGAAAUGCAGGAGAACGGAGUCGAACCUACCCGAGGAGCUUACGAGGCGAUCGUGUUGGUACUAGGACGAGCAGGUGAGGGGUGGUUAAGCGAGGGGAUGCGGCUAGCGAGAGAAAUGAAGGAAAAGUAUCCGGAGCGAGGGAGAAAUCAAAGGCGGAUGUGGUGUGCGCUGCUGGAGGGAUGCAAGCGUGUUGGGGAUCUGAACAGGGCACGGUGGAUUCUUGCAGAGUCUCUGCGUUCCGACACACCAGAGGACGGGGGCAAUACAAGAACGAGCGGUGUGGAUGCCAAAAUGCUAACGCAUAUAUUCCAUUCGUAUGCGUCGUACAAGCCGCCGUUCAGCCGAACUGCUACUCGACUCCUGGACACUGUUUCUCAUUCUAAUCCGCUGGCACAAAAUGAGGCAGAUGCAUUGCAGGCAGAGCCUCCGCUUCUACUGGAUCAGCUGCCUACCAAUUCCACCCCGUCAUUCCCCCCGCUUCCACCACAAACACAUUCGGACGUUCUGGCAGAAGUACAAGCGCUGUUCGACCGCAUCAUCCAAGAUACCAGCUCUAACACAAUUCCUAAAUCCCAUUUCUCAGAUCAAGGCACGUUCGUAGAUGACCCUCUUACAGGCAAAUUUGCAAAUAUCGAACUUAAACCCGCAUUGGUAAACGCUUACUUAUCCGUCUUCUACGUGCACGCGAGCAUCGAGCGCUCGAUCGAGGUGUUCCGGUCGCUUUUUGGCACGCCAAAUCAGAGCGGAAUACUCCGAGGCGAUGCACACACCUAUCUCGAUGCUCUCGAGCGAUGUGCGGUGGCGAAGAAGGAGGAGAGGGGUGCCGUGUUAUCGUGGGCGCGGGAGUUGUGGACGGAAUGGGAGAGGGUAGAGGCGAGAGCAGGGACAGAGGGGUACAGUGAUGUGGGGAGGUGGGCGAGGAUGGUCGAGAGGGUUCACGCAGCUAUGAGACGGGUUCUAAUAUUGAAUGAAGACGUCGACGGUGCAUUGAUAUUAUUGCGGGCGUUCGUGGAUCGGUAUCCUCCCAAGGCAGUACUUCCAUUCGGGAUUGAAAGUAUCACGUCGGAUAAGAGUUCCGAGUCUACUACAUUAACGCCAGCUGUUCACAAAUCACCCACUUUCUCUCUAUUCGCGAAACCUCCAAUUCUAUCGACACGAGUCACACUCACGAAUCCCAAACCUAUUCACCCAUCCUCGCCCUCACUGAUACCUACUACGACUCCAUCUCAUUCCGUGGCAAAGCCCCUCGUCCGACUCACUUCUCCCGUUGGCCCCAAGGAUGACCGCGUCCCACCUAUCAUUGGUUUCUCCGACGUCGAGCUGUUGCAUCAUCGACUGGUAGCGUUACGCCGGACAAAGGACGUAGGGUAUGUAAAGUGGGUGUGUGAGGCAUACAAGGGGUUACUGAAGAAGCGGAGGGAACGUGUUUUGAAGGGUAAUUCGAGGUGGGCUGGUGCAGAGGUUGAGGACGUCGAUUGAGGGUCGGGCCUACAGCGUGGAGCGACGCGGUACGGUGCCCCGAUGACGGCGUCAACUCCUGUGGCGAUGAGGACGUACGCAGCAACACUGAUCGUGAGUGCCAGUCGCACUUGGAACCAUAUUGCCAACGUGAAUGGCUGUGCAUCCCCCUAGAGUAUAACCUCCAUAUUAAUUCGCAUCGAGCAGCACAAGAAUACACUUAUACUGGUAUACAUACAUGCGUAGUUGGAACGCAGGAUCGGAAAUAACAAGAACGUAUCUCCCAUGACGGGACG